AUGGAGGAAACCUUUUUUCUUCAAAACUUUGAAAACAUCAACGAGGAGAGUAUCCCCGCACCGCUCAUCCACCACUCGGCGGACUGCCGGGAGGUUAACUCUACGCGGGGAAAGUCACGGGCAGGGACACAAUCGGGGCAACGUCACUCAAAUGAAGACCUAGCAGAGGGCCAAAGGGACGACCCCACCUCCCGAAAAGACAACUACCUCUGCAUCAACGCGAACGCCUUCAAUGGAAAGUGCUACCGCAAUCAGAUCCCCAUCCUGGACGACAUCCACCUGCACUUCACCCUGGGGGAGUCCCUGGCCUACCUCCUCAACGCAUACCUGCGGAAGGGGCUCAUCCAGCGACCCCUGUACAACAAACUGGUGCACUCUUUCCAAGUGGCCAUCAUCGGGACGCUGCGCCAACUGAAAGAAUCCAGAGGCAGCAAGUGGACCAUCAAGGGAAAACUCAUCAACUUUAAAAAGGAAAACAACAUCCAGCUGUUCUACGUGGAAAACGCCGUGCUAUCCUUCGGAAAAUUUGUCUUACAUGUCCCUCUGCUUAAAAUGAAGUCGAUCGAUUUGUAG